AUGUUCGUUGAAUUCCUUCUUUGCCUUCUCACAUGGUGUUACGUUCAUCGCUGCAAAGGUCUACAAAUCAGUAAAUAUAAAAAUCAAAGUUCCUUUUUAAACAAUUUGCAUGGAGCACAUGUCGCGCGUGGUUAUCAUGUCUACCAUUUGAAAAGGGACACAUUCGGGGGUAGUGGCUCCCUGCGCGUUGGAGGUGAGAGGCGGGGUCAAGCGCUGCUAGGUGGGUGCAGCGAGAGAGCCCAACAUGGGUAUGAAGAGGAUGUAGAAGAGAGCGGCGAAGAGGAUGCAGUGGAAGAUGACCAAGGGGAGGACGAAACGGAGGACGAAAUGGACGACCAAACGGACGAAGAAACGGAGGACCAAACGGACGACCAAACGGACGACCAAACGGACGACAUAGCCCGUGAGGAGCGCCUUGCAGCGUACGAGAAACUGCUGAACGCACAGGGGGAUGAAGAGGACCGGAUGCUGUCCCCAAAAUACAAUAUGAACAUGUACAACGUGCUAGAGAAGCACUACGAACAGAAGGAAGAAAACAAAGUGAUCCUAACUGUCCACAAUUUGAAUUACGAAAUUAGUAGCAAGAAACUUAUAACCAAUUUCAAUUUUCAGGUGAACAAAUCGGAGUGUGUAGGACUUAUAGGAAAUAAUGGUUGUGGAAAAACGUCGCUGUUAAACCUAAUUUUCGACCAUUCAGAUAAUAGUAACAAAAAUAUUAUUAUAAAUAACAAAGUUGCUAAGGAAGGGUUGACAAAUUUUACCCUAACUGAGGAGAAUAUGCACUCCAUGGUGAAGAAAAAUAAAUUCGAAUUUCUGUACAAAAUUUUGCACUACAUGAAAAUAAAUUCUCUCGAGUUGUCCCAACUUCCAUCGAUUAUAAAAAAUAGAGGUGUCUCCUAUUUUGAGCAGAUCAAUAAAAAAAAAAAAGGAAAUGACAAUGACCUUUUUUUUAAAAAUGGAAUAUUUUAUUUUAAGCAGAAUAUUCACUUAUUGGAAAAAAACAAUUUGACCGUAUUUGAAAAGGUACUGAAAUUUUAUCAACCCGUUUUAGACAAAUAUGAGGUUUUAAAUUAUAUUGAAAAGGAGAUCAAUUUGUACAGAGAUUUGGACUCUGUUCAAAUGUGUGCUGUGGAGGGAGAAGUUGGCGACAGGUCCAAUCAGUGUGCAAAUGGGGACAGAGGUAGUGAGAAACACUCUUAUGGUAAUAGCUUAAAUGGGAAAGAGGACCAUUUAAGGCCAGGAAGUUACAUCACGAAGAAGAAUGCCAACAUUAUCGAAUGCGUAGAAACAAAAAAGCGAGGAGAAAAAAGCAACGAGCAGGCGCAACUCUUCGCGCACUCCAAACUUUUCCAAAUGGUGCUCAAAUUGUACAUGCACGAAAAGGAAAAUGUAUUCAAAGAGAUAAACCAAAUAAAAAUGAAUUUCCACAAGUACCUCAACAUUUUGAAUUUAAAAAAUCUGCUGCAUGUGAAAUUAAGCAAUUUGAGCAACGGAUACAUUAUCCGAGUGUACCUCCUACUCCUUCUACUCAGCAAUGCCAAACUUCUUCUAAUAGACGAAAUAAAUAACAACCUCGACAUAUUUAACAUUUUCUUUAUUAUGAACAUUUUUCAAUAUUCUCUCAAGUAUAAAGAAAUAGGUAUCGUUUUGGCUAGCCACGAUUUCUUCCUAGUGAGUAAAUUGUGUAAUCGAAUUUUAGAUUUUAACAAAAUUUAUGGACACGAUAUCGACUUUAACAAUAUGGCAUUAUUAAAAAAGAUAAGCAGAAGUGGUCAUCAGGCUCUCCACUCUGAUGUUCCACAAGAACUACAAAGAAAAAAUGAACACAAUUCAAACAUUACAUUUUUUAAAGGAAAUUACACCCAAUACUUACACACUAUGAAAAUACUCUUUGACAAUAGGAGGAAAAAAAAAGAAGAAUUAAAAAAAAUUAUGGAUCAACUAAAUGCUGCAAUAAAUCAAGUUAAGAAAAAAAAAAAAAACGAAUUCAUGCGUCAGUCAUUAAAAAAAAAAGAAGAAGAUUUGAAAUUAUAUCAAAAUGUCUACUCUACCCUUUUUGACAGCACCCUCAAUUAUCAAUACAUGUACUACAAUUUAAUAUACAGCAAGAAGAAUGAGAAGGGGGCGGCCAAGGGGGUUCCCAACGAGGGGGUGGUGCAAGAUGGAAGAGAAAAUAUCGGCCUCGUGGGAAAAGACACUGCUGAGGGGAAUUCGAAUGGUGAAGAGAUGAUCGAGGAGAAAGACGCUCAGCAUAACUCUGGCAACCCAGAUGAGCAAACCGGACAAGAGGAAGAAGGCGUGGAAUCUUUCGUGUAUAAUAAAAUGAAGGAUGUAGAAGGCAACAUGAACAAAAACAUUCUCAUCGACAUGAGCAAAAAAAUAAAAAACAACGAGCUGAUAGAAACAGGAGAGAGGUACGCAAAGAACAAUGUGUCUCUGUACGAAUUCGACAACUUUUCCUUUUACUUUUGGAAUAAAAAAAAAAAAAAAAAAAAAUAUAUUUUUAAAAACAUGAAUCUGAGCAUAAACAGCGGAGAAAAUAUUCUCCUGUUGGGCAAAAACGGAAUUGGAAAAUCCACCUUUUUUAAGAUACUGACGAAUAGGUAUAAAUUUCAGAUGCCCACGGAAGGAAGUAGACAUAGAAGAAGCAUAUAUGCGUAUGGAGAUAGCGAGGAUGAAGAGGAAUAUCAAGAGGGAGGUGUCUACCUGCAUGGCGGAGAUCGAAGCAACGCAAACGCAACAAAAGACAAAAUUGCAAACUUUGAAGGAAGCAUACACUGCAACUUCGACAACGUGCUCCUGACCUACUUUGAGCAAAAUAUGAUUAAAAAAUUACACCUGGAAAUUAACGAAUAUUUUAGGUACUUAAUUGAAAAGGUGAAUUAUGAACCAGUUCAUUUCGAUGACGGUUUGGAUGUGGAUCGCGCAGACGAUGUCAUUAUGGAGAACUAUUAUGACGAGGGUGAAUUUGACAAUGGCAUUCCUAUCUCUGCCUCCAAGGAGCACUUAUUUUUUUACAUUCUGAACAAAACCAAGCCGUUGUACAACGAACAGCACGUGGACAACCUUGAGGAGAAAAUAAAAGCCUUGCUGAAAAUAUUUUACAUCGAUAGCUCCACAAGUAUGAAAAAUAAAAGUGGAGGGGAAAAAGUACGAAUACUAUUCCUUUCGUUAUUUUUAAAAAAAUCAAAUUUGCUUCUACUAGACGAAAUAAAUAACAAUUUAGAUAUUUACUUAAAAAAUCUUCUGUUAAAUUUUUUAAAUUAUAUUUAUCAAGGCAGUUAUAUUUUAACAACUCACGAUUUUUACAUGAUCAAAAAUUUGACUAAUAUCCACAAGGUCGUUUACAUAUUUGAUUACCAAAAUGUUUUUACCUUUUACAAUGUGCAGGAUUUUAUACACAACUUCUACCACUUCAUUUUGCAUUCGUUUGACACGCUCCACAUGGGUAGCCCCGCUCAGCGAUCUGCCCUCGCGCGGGCUAACCACACACCCGAGCAGCAGCAACGAAGUGGCGCUGUGUACGGCACUUUUCAGAACAACGAAACUGCAAGCAACUCACCGCGUGACGAACGCCAGAAUGGACCCACAUAUGAGGACCCACAGGAAGAGGGGAAAAAUCACAAUCAAGAAAAUUAUGACCAAAUAAUUUACGAUAAUUACGACUAUAAAAUUUUGCAAUUCUUAAAAACGCAAUAUGCAAAGGAUAGAAAUGAAAGAAAAAAUAUGGAACAAAUAACUGAUCAUGAGGAGGAAGACAUUUUCGAAAAAAAAAAAGUCAAUAGGAAAAAUUUUGGAGGCAAAGGCUCUUCCGGGAAAAUAAAAAUAAAGAAUUGGAAGCGCUGGAAAAAGUGA